UGAGACCAGCGAGCGGGUGCAGCUGCUGCAUUCCCAGAACACCAGCCUCAUCAACCAGAAGAAGAAGAUGGACGCUGACCUGUCCCAGCUCCAGACAGAAGUGGAGGAAGCGGUGCAGGAGUGCAGGAAUGCUGAGGAGAAGGCUAAGAAGGCCAUCACGGAUGCCGCCAUGAUGGCAGAGGAGCUGAAGAAGGAACAGGACACCAGCGCCCACCUGGAGCGCAUGAAGAAGAACAUGGAGCAGACCAUUAAGGACCUGCAGCACCGGCUGGACGAGGCCGAGCAGAUCGCGCUCAAGGGCGGCAAGAAGCAGCUGCAGAAGCUGGAGGCGCGGGUGCGGGAGUUGGAGAAUGAGCUGGAGGCGGAGCAGAAGCGCAACGCGGAGUCAGUGAAGGGCAUGAGGAAGAGCGAGCGGCGCAUCAAGGAGCUCACCUACCAGACGGAGGAGGACAGGAAAAACCUGCUGCGGCUGCAGGACCUGGUAGACAAGCUGCAGCUAAAGGUCAAGGCCUACAAGCGCCAGGCCGAGGAGGCGGAGGAGCAGGCCAACACCAACCUGUCCAAGUUCCGCAAGGUGCAGCACGAGCUGGAUGAGGCAGAGGAGCGGGCAGACAUUGCCGAGUCCCAGGUCAACAAGCUGCGGGCCAAGAGCCGCGACAUUGGCGCCAAGGGCUUGAAUGAGGAGUAGCUUUGCCACAUCUUGAUCUGCUCAGCCCUGGGGGUGCUGGCGAAGCCUGUGUAACAGCUCCUUGGGAGGAAGCAGAAUAAAGCAAUUUUCCCUGAAGCCGAGA